AUGAGUAACGACGAGAUUGAGCAACGCUGCAAUACGCUACGGCAAGACCUAAAAGUAUGGGAGAAGAAGUUCGCGGCCGAGAACCAGGGCCGGAAGGCCGGACGCGACGACAUCAAGGCCAAUGCCGAGAUUUCGCAAAAAUACAAAGAAUAUAACAAACUGAGGGCUAGGCUCUCGAGCAAAGCAGCACCGGAGACACCUUCGAAACGAACAGCAAGUCGCGAUGCACUCGCAGACACGGAGCGCACGUCCAAGGCUGCACCCAAGGAUAUAAAUACCACGCCCAUGAAAAGGAAGCGGGACGAAGAUGAUUUCUCAGAAAACGUAGAUGCAGCUGAGCUCCUCUCUCCACAAGGACCUGCAGUAAUCGGACCAACCCCGCAACGUGAUGGCAUAGUACUAGGCCUGUUCGAUAUGCUUCCAGCGGACACACCGAGCAAAUCAAGGACCAUUCUGGGGGAAGUUGGGCUGAAUGUACCAAAGACACCCAGUAAGAGGUUGCAUGAUGAAGGGAACGAGGCCUCGCCGGAGUCGAGAGCAAGAGGCGAGAAGACACCACUAUCGGCUGGAAAGCGCUUUCUAUUGAACCAGUUUGUCACGCCAAAGAAGAGGAAGUUGGACGAGGAAGGGACACCAUCAUCUACAUUGCGUGGGUUGGCUACGCCGGCCUUCCUCCGAAGAGAUAAUGCGCUGGGUGCGAUUGAUGAGGAAGACGAGAAUACCCCUCGGCCCGCGCCGUGGAAGCGGCGUGGAAUGGGACGUAGUCUGAGCUCUAUGAUACAGGCUAUGAAGAAGGAUGAGAAUGACAGACUGGAUGAAGAGGCAGACAUCAUGCGGGAAUUGGAAAUGGAAGAAGAAGGUAUAUCUGUGCCGAAGAAACCUAGAGCACCACAACUCUUGGUGCAAGACAGCCAAGCACCGAUGCCUUUGGGUCCAGAUCGAGGCUUUGAAUCGGAGGACGAAAGCGAGGAAGAGCCAGAAGUUGGCCCCGAUGGCAAACCGCGGAGGGUAUGGAAGAAGAAGGGAAUGAAGAGACAGACACGGCGGGUGAUAAUGCGUCCAAAUACAGCAAAGCCCAAGCCAACACCAGCACUGCAGACGCAUGACGAUGACGAUGCGGGAGAAGAGCAGACACGUAUGCCAGAAACCCAAGUAUCAGCAGAUGUGGCAGACGAAGUCGGUUCAGACCCAGACGACGAAUCAGACUAUGCUAGUGACGUUUCACACACUCCAAAGGCGAGAAAGACGCCAGCAAAGAAAGUAGCAGAGACAAAGGAGAAGCCAAGUAAAGAAGGCAUCUUCAAGACUGCUGUCCGGAAAAUCAAGGCUACGGCAAAUGCCAAUUAUCGGAGACUCAACAUCAAGAGUAAAACAGGGACUGGUACAAAGGGGAAAUUGGGCUACGCCACGCCGUGGCGGUUGGAGAGCUCGCAGGCGCUAAGACCAGCAACAGCACCUCCGACACCGACGGGCCCCCGACGUAAACGACCGAAGCUUCCACUCGCCGCAACAAGCACGCCGCCGCCCAUCACAUUGCCCACUCGACUCACGGCACCGACACAAACCCGCCAUCCGACGUCUCCAUCAUCUCCAACCACGAACCCCGAAUCCCCACCGCACACCAUGGCCGAGAAGGAGCUAGCCAGCGUGCUCCAGCAGCUCCACCAGACGCUCAAGUCGCACAACUACCAGCAAUCGACAUCAUUACUGGGCAAAGCCAAGAUAGCACUGCUGCACCUCAACGCGCUGAUUCCGCAAGAAAAGACGCCGCGAAAACACCUGCAGCUGGCGCGCGAGACGCUCGAGCUGGGCGCCAUCAUCUCGAUCCGGCUCAAGGACACCGAGUCGUUUACGCGCUACUUCCAGCAGCUGCAGCCGUUCUACUCGCUGCCCGAGGCGACGCUGCCCAAGGAAGGCAGCAAUUCCAGCAAGGUCACGGGCCUGUAUUUGUUGUUGCUGCUGAGCGAGGGCGACUACGCGGGGUUCCACACGCUGCUGGAGACGCUCGAGGUGGCGGCUGCACAGGCGGGAUCACGGCUCGAGGCCGACGCCUUUAUCCAGUAUCCCGUAAGGCUGGAGCAAGCGCUGAUGGAGGGCAGCUAUGAUAAGGUGUGGGUUGAGACCAAGAGCGAGCGGGUGCCUGGCGAGGAGUUUGGCCUAUUCACCGAGAUUCUCAUCGGCACCAUCCGCAAGGAAAUCGCCUCAUGCAGCGAGCGCGCAUACCCCUCGAUCCCCAUUUCAGAUGCCAAAUCCCUGCUCUUCCUCGACUCGGAGGGCAGCGUCGUUGCCUUUGCAAACGAGUUGGGCUGGCUCGUCAAGGACGGCCGGAUAUACUUCCCGCAGCAGGAGGACGACUACGUCAGCAAGGAUAUCUUGGUUACGAGCGACCAGGUGAUUGAGAAUACGCUGGGUUAUGCACGCGAGUUGGAGACGAUUGUUUGAGGUGUGAGAUGUGGAUGUGGAUUGUUAUUAGUGGUGAGGUUAGAUGCGGAACGUGUAUGAUUAUGAUGCAUGAAAUUAGGAGGGUUAGGAGACCAGUUUUAGUCUUUGCACUCAAUCAAGAAGAAGAAG